AUGGAGCAUCUUACCCCGCUGUACACGAUGGCGAGCGAGUCACUCUUCACGGUGCCGGGGAUGGUAUGCGUGGGAGCUGCGUAUCUCGCCAUGGUGCAAUAUCUUCGCUUUCAGAGGAUACGCAGCCUGGAGAAGCAGUAUGGCUACCACACGCGCGAAUCGCUCAAGAAGAUGACGAACGAUGAAGCGUGGUCAAUCCACCAGGCGAUGAUGACGCUGGAGUUUCCCUUCUUCACGCUGAAGGGGCUGCAGUUUGCGCUAUUCAAGAUAGGGAGGGUUGAUUUCGUUGAAUGGCAGACAUACGGCAUCCCUACUGUUUCGAAGCUGCUGGUGCAAACCUCUGAGCUGUCCAACCCCGAAACGUCUCCAAAGCGAUAUGCGGACACUUCUGUGUUGAUUAACGAGUUUGUGGCGAACCCGCCGACCUCUGACCGGGCACUUGAAGCGCUCGCCCGCAUGAACUUCCUACAUAGUAACUACCGUAAGGCCGGGAAGAUCCUGGACGAUGACAUGCUAUAUACACUAAGCCUGUUUGCACUCGAGCCCUCGCGCUGGGUGGAUCGGUACGACUGGCGCAAGGUCAGCGACCUGGAGAGAUGUGCGGCAGGGACGUUUUGGAAGAGCGUGGGCGAUGCGAUGGAUAUCGAGUACGACAAGCUUCCAUCGGCUGCCACAGGCUUCGGAGACGGGAUACACUGGCUGGAGGAGAUCGAUGCAUGGAGCAGGGAGUAUGAACGCAAGUACAUGGUUCCGGACGAGUACAACCACCAGACAGCCAACGAGACCGUUGCGCUGUUGCUUUACAACGCACCAGAGUUCUUACACCCCUUCAUGCGGAAGGGCGUUGCCUUCCUGAUGGAGGACCGUCUCCGCGUUGCGAUGAUGUAUGACCGUCCCGAAUGGAUGUAUCGGUUCAUCUUCUCCAACAUCCUUGCUCUCCGCCAGUUCGUUGCCCGCCAUCUCCUGCUCCCACGGCCUUACUGGCGACGGGCAGUCCGCCACGUCGAAGGCAGCCAUGCGUCUGCUCCUUUCCAUGCUCUCGCCUGGGACAACGUGCCCUACUACGUCAAGCCCACCCUCUGGAACCGCUGGGGGCCUGAGGCGCUGUUUACUCGCCUGCUGGGCAAACCGGUUCCUGGCGACGACGGCGACAAGUAUUCUCCGGACGGCUUCAAUCCUCCAGACGUGGGGCCUCUGCGGUUCUCCGGCAAGGGCAAGGAGUAUCACGACCAGAUGAAGAAGAGACUGCAGGCUGAGCGCACCGGACAGUGUCCUUUUAUAAAGUGA